AUGCAGCAUCGGCACGAUAUGCUGGAUACUAUACUUUAUUGGAUUGCGGGGACGGGGAAUAAGGAUACUCGACAGAUAAUCGACCCAGAUGCUGUGUUUCACGGUGACAAGAUCCAGGAGUAUUCGGAAGGCAAAUCGUCUAUUACUGAUCUGGCGGACUUUUCCCAGCCAGCUAUACCUCUCCAACAACUCACCAUCACCAAUUUACCAGAUAACCAUGAUGACCGACUUCAUACUUCAGAAUCUUUCUUGAAACUUAUGUCAAUGGCUAGUCUUAGGGAUCUCAGAAUCCAUGUUGAGGCACAAAGAGAUCUACAUCACCCCGUUCGUGCACCCGACGGUUCUUCGCCAUUCAGUCCAGGGAAGUACAAGUUUUUCAACAACUUGUAUGUCUCGUGGCUCGCUCCAGAUAUCGCCAAAAACCUGCAGACUCUAACUCUGCAUUGUAAAGACUUCUGGGGAUGGUUUCCCAAGAUGGAUCUUCGCCGCAUUGAAUUACCCCAGUUGAAAGUUCUAUCUCUUGGACGAUAUGUCUUCAGCCAUCAGUGGCAAAUUGACUGGUUCGCAUCAAUUGGGAAACAAAAUGGCAGUGGAGGAUUAGAAGAGCUUUAUCUUCAUGAUUGUCCUAUUCUUUACGAAGCUACCCAUAUCGGCCCUUUCGACACAUUUGAUCCCGGCUAUCCUCUUCUGAAGUCAGUGCUGGGCAUUGUCGGAGAGCGUGAAACUCACAAAUAUCCAAUUCGAUGGCAUGCUAUAUUCUCACAGUGGGCUAGAUCAUUGAAUAAACUCAAGGUCUUUCACAUGGGAAGAAGUACAUACCAGAACAGUCUACAAGAUACCUUUACGAAGACGCACCAAGAUGUCCAAGACAAACCACUGCGUCAACGAAUCUGGUAUGAUCUUCUAGAAGAGCUGGCAAGCCCGUGUCCUUCAGGACCUGUGGCUCACUCACGUCUGGAACACGCAUCGAACUUAGAAGGGCAAAUGACGAGUGUCAAAUUUAAUCAAAAUCGAGAUUUCCAGAUGAAGUAUAUCAAAUACAACAUUGAGAGAGAGCGCUAUAAUGCAUAUUGGCCAUGGGUUCAUCCAGGGGAGCCCUACGAGUGUUGGGCACCGGAAGAAGAUACUGUCAUGAGAGACGAUGCCGCUUAUGAAAUGCUCAUGGAUGCGGUUGAUUCAAGGGCCAUAAAUCAUGACGAUAUGUCCAAUGUCUUCAACCUCCUGUAA